UUUGCAGCCACUCUUCGGGGUCUCUAUCUGAGUGACAACGACUUCGAGGCCCUGCCUGCUGACAUCGGGAAGCUGACCAAGCUUCAGAUAUUGAGUCUGAGGGAUAAUGAUCUCAUCUCGUUGCCGAAGGAGAUUGGGGAUUUGACUCAACUCAAAGAGCUUCACAUCCAGGGCAACCGGCUGACUGUCCUCCCCCCUGAGCUAGGUAAUCUGGAUCUGACUGGUCCUAAACAGGUGUUUAAAGCAGAGAAUAAUCCCUGGGUCACUCCCAUUGCAGACCAGUUCCAGCUGGGCGUCUCCCAUGUUUUUGAGUAUGUUCGCUCGGAGACCUAUAAGUAUCUCUAUGGCAGACACAUGCAGGCCAACCCGGAACCACCGAAGAAGAGCAAUGACAAGAGUAAGAAGAUCAGCCGCAAACCACUGGCAGCCAAGAACAAGUGAAGAGGAGACAGAGGAUGGAGAUGAAUGCUCACUCGGCUCUUACAAAUCACUGCAUGUGCCUUUUUUCCUCUUUCUUUUUUUUAAAUAAAAGUAAACAUUUUGUAUUGCAUUGAAAUGUAUUAAUUAUGUUUCUAAAUAUGUAGUUUUAAAUAUACUUUCUACUUUAUUCCUCUGUGCCUGAGUGUAGAUGUCUUUAUAUGUUUUUGGUGCUACUUUCUCACAGUGCUUGGACAUAGAUGGAACUAUUGGAAACCACUCCUUGAGAAGCAAAAUUUAGUUAAGAAUGUAUUAUAAUGUCAUCCUUAGUCGGAAACAUCAGGACAUCUGUAUCAAGAGGUCAUGCACGGUGACACUGUUAAACUGCUAUGAUACCAAAGGCCAACGUUUAAUAUGAGUCCAGGUGUGUCCUACUCACAGAUGUUUGGGACACAACUUUUCUCUGGGCAGCGCCUCACUGCUCUGUUACUGUCUAAUGAAUAUCCAGCAUCUGGAAGUAUUCCACCCUCUAAUGACUAACCCCUUGAUGCAGCUGUGUCACAUCUUCCUUCCUGUUCCAAUGUCCACUGAAAGCCAUAUUUUUUGCUGAUUCAGCAGCAUUCACAUAAUCGUAGCUUUUAAUUUUUCUUCUUCCAAACACUUUUUGGUCAACUACUACUUCUGCAUACGUUCAGCUCCAGAGACCAUUCAAGUAUCAAAACGCUCUCCUCUGUAAAGACAUGAAUGGCUGUAUUCAACUUUGUUCUACCUUUUAUGUUUUUUUAUUUAAAUAUUAAACUUUUUAAGUGAAUAGUAGAAAUCUCUGAAUUCGCUACAAACCCACUUCACUGUGAAGUUCUACUACUGAAGCAAAUUUUCAGUGUCAGAUUUAAUUUAAAUUUUAAAACGGGUCACAAGACUUUGAACUGAAUUCUCAGUUUAAUUUGUAUUUUCUGAGUUUAUAAUGGUUGUGUAUUGAGCUGCUUGGUGUGUCACGUGACCCGUGAUGUUACCGACGUGUACAUUUCAGCUCUUCAGGGCAAAGCAGUUCAUCCGUCUCAUAUUAACACAAACUAUUUCUUCUUUCAGCCUUUUAACUCAUUUCAACGUCAGACUUUUAUAGCAAUACAUUUCAGCUCUUAGCUUCUUUAGGUAAUGCAGUUCAGCCUCUAAUUUUUCUACUUUUACAUUUCAGCCUCCGGGUUUAAGAUUAGUCGGGUUCAGAUUCCUGUAUUUUCAGCCCUGCUUUGCAUUUUAUUUCACGUGUCAGUAUUCACACACAUUUUCUCCAAGAAAUGCUUUUUCAAGUUGAGUUAUCGUUCAUGUUUUACAAGCAGAGUCGAAGCACAUUUGCUAUUUGUUAUUUUGGUGUUUUGGUAACGGAUACUUUGAGACUGUACUUCAACUCAGUUUACACUACCCCAUACUGUCUUGUUUCUGUAUUUCCUGAAUAGUUAAUAUUACCCUCUCCUCCCCCUACAUGUAUCUCAUUUUCUGACUCUCUCUCUCCCUUCAUUCCCAGUGACUGAACAUGGCACAGACGGGAGAACUAGUCAGGACAGGGUUAAUACAUGCCACAGAGCAGGAACUCCUCACUACACAAACUAGAUACCUUAAUUAAAGGAUACUAGAAGGGGUUUGACAGGGCUAAGCUGGCGGAAUAUAAUAUGUAUGUAAAGAUAACACAUCUGAGAAAAGAGCUGCAGGUGAGAUACUCUGGUCACAUGCCCAGUGGACAUCACAUAGCAGCUAGUCUUUUGAACAAGUAUUUCAAAUGAAAGUAUUACUGUUAUCUGUAAGAGCAAGGAAGCAGGCUCAGUUACACCUGCAAUUAACUGUUUAUUCCACUGAUCUCCGAGAGCACUCGAGACUCGCUGUACCUUCCAUUCCACAUUGUCUUCGUGAAGUUCUUUGUCAAAGCAUUACCAAGUGUCCAUCACCUUUCAGCCUGUUGCACAGCUGAUAGAUAUAAUCCAUUUAGAAUCCAUCAUGCUUUUAUCACAGGCCAACAUAUACUGAAAGUAUCGUCAUGCUUGCAGUCUGGAACACUUCAAAUAAAACCAUUUUAAAAAAAAAUGUAUUUUCUUGUAUGUUCUUGUAUUUCAGAUAAAUGUACAGUACAAUAUGAGUAACACAAAUAUUAAGCUACAAUCAUGGGAGAGGUUUGAAUUCAACUAACAUUUAUAUUCAUAUUCUCCAUUGUCAUUGUUCAACAGUAGAGUGUUCUUAUUUUCACUUUCUUCAUCACACUUCGUACAGUUCCAUCAACUCAGAGAUGCAAAGGACUACACUGUGAGGCCUGCAUCCCCCAUUAGAAUAGCAAAGAAUUGUUCUUAAAAACUAAGAACACUGAGGAGACAUCUCGACAUUUAAUAGCCAGGUCUUAGUCUUCUGAAAACAAAGUGUGAAGUGUAAUCUGGACAAAUUAUGGUUUGUUAAAUACCAAUUGCAUCCGAACUAACACCAGAUGUGCUACUGAAGUAACCAUGCGUUAAAUCCACACCUGAUCUGUCCACAGAACUUGCUGUGGUAACGGGAACACAGACGGCAGCGAUACAAACUUCACCAGGCCAACUCCUGUUUGAAAUUCAAUGGACAAAAUAGCUUUCAGGCACCGUAGGCUAGAUCAGUGGUUCGCAACCUUUUUUCAGUGAUGUACCGCCUGUGAAAUAUGUUUUCAGCCAAGUACCCUCUAACCAGCGCAAAGCAUUUUUGGUUGAAAAAAAGAUCAUCUGUGUCGGGAUUUAUUAAACUGUCAACACUGAAGAUUGCAUUGUUUAGGAUAAUGAAAUUGAAUAGCCUGCUGAAUAUAAAAUUCAGUUUAUGAACUUAUACUUAUAUUUUAUUGAAUAUUUAUUAAAUAACUAUUUUUCAAGGAUUUUUGAAUGGAUGCUAAUUUUAAAUAUAUAUUUUUUAAAUUUCACGUACCCCCUGGAGUGCCUUCACGUACCCCCAUUUGAGAACCACUGGCCUAGAGUAUAUAGGCAGAAAACACCUACCUACUCUACUGUAGCUCUAAAGGCCCAAAGUCAAUUCAGAAGUUGCACUUGAGCCCUUGAU